AUGGAUGUGAACUUGCAAGGAAAGUGGGAUAUCUAACUACAAUCAUAGAAAAAUUGAAAGAACAAAUCAAGCAAAGAGAUGAAAUAAUCAAACAAAAGGAUGAAACAAUCAAAGGCCGGAUUUAG